GAACCCAUGUCUUAUAUUUCCUGCAUUGGCGGGCAGGUUCUGGAUAGGCACCUAAAAACGAUUGAGCUGGAGCUUAUGUGAAACCUGCAUUUCUCUCUUAUGGAUUAAAGGUGAAAAAAAAAGUGUUAUUUUACUCCACUUCUCUGUUCUAUUUAUUUUCUGCUCAUUUGUACUUCGAGCAAGUUCAAAUUUCAAUAAAAGAGAAAGGAGGUAGCAAACAUUUUGCUCAUCUCCCUGUCCCAUCUCAAAGAAGCAGAACUGGGCCCAGAAAAUGAGUUGGCAUUUUUUAUCUUUUCAUUCAGCAUUCAUUUUUUGAGAGUGCCAUUAGUGUGUUGAGAGACAGCUUAUCUUAAAAUUGAAAGAGUCAUUAUACCAAGCCUUGCAGUUUCUUGGUUUUGCUGUGAAAAUGAGCCGCCUCCUCUUGUCUGAAUGGAGCUUAUGAGUUUUAGCUUUAUGCCUGGAGCAUUUAGUGUAGAAGGGGCUUCCGAGAAACCUGGUGUAGUACUGCCAUUUUUAGGUGAGGGAACUGAGAUCUGGUGCGCUGUCCAGUUACGCCCAGCACUAGCAGAACCAGGACCAAGAAAGAAAGGGUCUUGCGACUUCUGUGCUUUUCUGAGGAGGCCUGGCAUCUCAAAAGGCAAUGACUCUUGUAAUCUUUGUCCAAUUACCAGUUUCUCCCAGAGGAAAAAAAUAGAAAUUAUUCUUGAAGCACUUACCUUGGAGAUUGAAAUUAACAACUUGAAAAUGCCACGUUGAUUUUUUUAAAUUAAAAUGAGACCACUAAUGAUGUAUUAAAAAAUUUUUUUUUCUAUUGAAGGACAAUUGCUUUACAGUAUUGUGGAGGUCUCUGCUAUACAUGAAUGUGAAUCAGUCAUGAUUAUGUAUGUAUCAUCCCGCCCUUCUCAGUCAUCAUAGAGCGCCAGGCUAGUUAUCUGUUUUACACAUAAUGGUGUAUACAUGUCAAUGCUACUUUCUCCAUUUGUCCCACCUCUUCUUCUCCCGCUGUGUCCACAGUCCACUCUCUACGUCUGUGUCUCCAUUUCUUCUCUGUAAAUAGGUUCAUCUGUACUGUUUCUAGAUUGCAUGCUGAUGUGCUAGUCGUGGCCAACUCUUUGCAACCCCAUGGAUUGUAGCUCACCAGGUUCCUCUGUCCAUGGAAUUUUCCAGGCAAGAAUACUGGAGUGGGUUUCCAUUUCCUUCUCCAUUAGAUUCCAUAUGAAUGUUUUAAUAGAUGAUAUUAUAGAUGAUAAUAGAUGAUUUGUUUUUCUGACUGACUUCACUCUGUGUAACAGGUUCUAGGUUCAUCCACCUCACUACAGCCGACUCAAAUGUGUUCCUUUUGAUGGUUAGGUUAUAUUCCAUUGUGUAUAGGUACCGUAUCUUCUUCAGCUAUUCCUCUGUCAUUGGACAUCUAGGUUGCUUCCAUGUUCUGGCUAUUGUAAAUAGUGCUGCCACGUUGAUUUUGAUUUUGUCUGCUUUUACAAUCCUGGUAGGUAGGUUUGUGAUUGAGAGUGUAAAAUUUCAAGUAAUCAAGAGAAAUUGCCAAAAGAGAUUGUGAUUCUAGAUCAUCCUGCGUGUGCCCCCAACACUGAGAAUUUGAAAGAUCUGUAUCCAGACUAGACAUGCCAACACAUAUCUCUUUAUGGUACAAGCUCGCGGAAUAAUGUUAAGGGAAAAUGUGAAGACAAUAGGACAUAUGAUCAGGCUGUACACAAAUAAAAACGCCACACUCAACGGCACAGAUUAUCCUGAAGGCAAUAAUUCAAGUGAUUAUCUUGUUCAAACAACAACAUAUCUUCCGGAAAACUUCACAUAUUCACCUUACCUCCCCUGCCCAGAAAAACUGCCUUACAUGCGGGGAUUCCUCAAUGUCAAUGUAAGUGAAGUCAGUUUUGAUGAAAUUCAUCAGCUCUUCUCCAAGGAUUUAGAUAUUGAGCCAGGAGGUCACUGGAGACCUAAAGACUGUAAACCCAGGUGGAAGGUGGCAGUCCUCAUUCCUUUCCGCAAUCGCCAUGAACAUCUUCCAAUUUUUUUCUUGCAUCUGAUCCCGAUGCUCCAAAAACAGCGGCUGGAAUUUGCCUUUUAUGUCAUUGAACAGACUGGCACACAGCCUUUUAACCGAGCAAUGCUCUUCAACGUGGGCUUCAAAGAGGCCAUGAAAGACAGCGUCUGGGACUGUGUCAUCUUCCACGAUGUGGAUCAUCUACCUGAAAAUGACCGAAACUAUUAUGGAUGUGGAGAAAUGCCACGUCACUUUGCAGCCAAGCUGGAUAAAUACAUGUAUAUUCUUCCUUAUAAAGAGUUUUUUGGUGGUGUAAGUGGACUGACAGUGGAACAGUUCAGAAAGAUCAAUGGUUUUCCUAACGCCUUCUGGGGCUGGGGAGGGGAAGACGAUGACCUUUGGAAUAGGGUUCACUAUGCUGGAUAUAAUGUAACAAGACCAGAGGGGGACCUGGGAAAAUACAAGUCUAUUCCUCAUCACCAUCGAGGUGAAGUCCAGUUCUUAGGACGGUAUAAAUUACUCAGAUACUCCAAAGAGCGCCAGUACAUCGAUGGGUUGAACAAUUUAGUAUACACGCCAAAAGUACUGGUUGAUAGGUUGUAUACAAAUAUAUCUGUAAACCUCAUGCCAGAGUUAGCUCCAAUCGAAGACUAUUAAAGGAAGUAGCUCUCGUGGCAAGACCGCAAUGCUGGAUCGGAAACUGGGAGUGCGCCCCUAGCGGAGGUCAGUGAAUGGAUGCGUCACACUGCUCUGGGUGGUGAGAAGAGCCUGCGUUCUCAGUGUUUAUUUGUGGGAUUGUAGACAGUCAGCCUUCUUCCACCCACCCAUCUUUUACUGAGACACACCCCCUGGCGAGCACUGCAGAGACCAGAUGCAGUUAAGUCUGGCAGUUACAGGAGCUCCCUACGAAGAGAAAAUUUUUAUACUAAAAUCUAUAAUUUAAUUCAAGAGAAUGCUUUAUUUCCAUUUAAACAUAUUUUGUACAUAUGUGGUGUAAAUUAAUGUGUUCAAAUUGUUGAAAAAUAAGAUGUGUUGCAGUUUUGCAUGUAACGGGUGAUGCCUUUAUGGGACUUUUAUAAACCUUUUUUAUUUGCAUGGAAUAAAACCCUGUAAAUUUAUGUCACUAAACAAAGGUUAACCUUGUGUGAAAUGAAGGAACUGUCAAUAAUUGACAACCAACUAAUACAGUACACUGUUAUACUAGUUUUGAGCUUUAGACCUUCAGCUUUUUGUGGAAGAAGUCACAGCUUCCGUAGGGUUUUUAAGGGUAAGAAGAAAGGACUUAAAUAGCUUUUCUUCCUACCAGAAUUACCUUUUUUUUUCCUUGCUUGCAAUCUCAUCAGAUUUUGCUAAAUCACAACCAUAUUAUUUAUGCAUAUUGCAUGAGUAUUACUAAAAAAAUCUUAAAAGUUGUGAUGUGACACGAUAUAAAGGAGCUCUUUGUUAAACGUCUCUCAUGUACCUCUGGUGUAAGUGUCAGGGAUUUUGUGCCUCAAAAAAUGUUCCCAAGGUCGCGUGUGGUUGUACACUGUACUUUUUUAAUUCACAGUGAAUAGCACUUUUAUUAUUUCCAGUUCAGAAGAGCCAAAAAAAAUUUUCAUUUAAGAAAAAAGCAAAACAAUUUUUUAAAAGAUUGAGUUAUGGAAAACCCAGUAGUACUUAAAACAUACAAAUGAAUUAUACUAUUAGAUAAAAAAUUAAAUGUUCUAUUUUUAUGAAGAUAAAUGCUUAGUAGAUAAAAGCAGAUUUUAAGUUUAAUUAUCAGACUCAUAGAACUUAAAGUUUGGAAGGGACCCUUUUUAAUGUUGGCUGGUUUCAUUCAAACUGUGUGUAUUUUUUUCACUUUUAAGUUAUUACAUCUCUGGUGUUAAAAUUUCCUCACUAAAACAUAAAUUAAUAGAAUUAUAUUAAGAUACAUUACCAAUUACUUAAAUGCAUUGGCUUUAUUAAGACACCUCUCGAAAAACAGGUCUCUCUACCUGACAUCAAUUACUUAAUCUUGAAUUUGGAUGGCAUUUUCAUAACAAAACCAAACAGUAUCCUUACUUUGAAAAUUAUCAAUUAUGAUUGACCAAAGAUUCUUUAAAAUGUCUUAAGAUAUUUUCACAAAUUUAAAACAAAAAAUUAUGUAUCUAUGAAAUGAACCUUCAAUAUCGAGGAACAAAAUGGAUUAUUCACCUGACACAGAUAUAGUUAUUUAUCUCUCAGGUUGUAAGUUUAAUUUUUAAAUUGUCAUUUUCUGUGGCAAAUAUUGAUAACAUAAAUGACUGCAAACAAAACCAUAAAAUAAUUGGAAUUCUUACACUUUGAGAAAACUGAUAGUUCUCUGUUAAACAAAUUUUCUACAUUUAUUUCUUAGAAAUAUUUCCAAAAUAUUUGUUUUUCAUUUUUUGAUGAAAAGUCAAACCUUCUGGAAAGCAAGAUAUUUGUUCUUAAAUUGUGUAUCUAUCUCUCAAAGCCUGUGUAGUUUUUUAAUUUGAUGAAAGAGAGUAGAUUGAAAAAGUUAACAUUUGUUGAUCACUAACAAGAUUGUAGGGGCAUAGGAGCAUAAUUAACCCAAUAAUACUUAAAUAUUUUAGUCAUGGGGGAAAUUGGGGCUGCUUCUGAGUCUUAUUAGGAAAACAUAUUUUUCUCUUUAAUAUGGAGCUGCCCACAUUUUGGAAUCUUCUCAUUUUGAUACACAUUUUUAUAGUUUCAAGAGAAUUCCCUUCAACUAGAUUUGCCUUAUUUUCUUGGAUUAAGCCUACUAGUAAUUUUGUUUUAAGUGAGGGCCAUGACUGUUUUGCUUUUUUUAGUUUUGGAUACAGUGUGGCAUCCUGUGAAAACCAUCUCAUUAGUUUGCUUUUUAUCCUUUGUUUUGCUUUUUAAGUGCAGACCUCAAAUUGAUUUUUGCAUAUAAAUAGUAACUUUUAUGUUUGCAUAUAUGUGAUAGAGCUUUGCCAAUUACCUGUAUAAAAAGAACUCUGUCCCGUGGUGGUGGUGGUGGUUUAGUACCUAAGUUGUGUCCAACUGUUUGCAACCCCAUGAACUGUAGCCCUUCAGGCUCCUCUGUCCAUGGGAUUUCCAGGCAGGAAUACUGGAAUAGGUUGCCAUUUUCUUCCCCAGGGGAUCUUGCCAACCCAGGGAUUGAACCCUGGUCUCUUGCAUCUCCUGCCUUGCAGAUGGUGUCUUUAUCAACUGAGCUACCAGUUACAGCCACCAGCCUGUAACUCUGUCCCAUAAAAAUUAACAAAUACAUGACAAAUGCAGACUAUCUUUAUAGUUCAGUGGAUUUAUUAGCGUGCAUGUAUUGAUUACCUACUCGAUUCGGUACAGUGCUAGGUAUGUCAAAGAAAACAUUUCAGUUCUAAACAAAUCAAGUCAAGCAAGUUAAAACCUUUCUAAAAUUAUGAAAAUGUCUUCCGUUAACUUAUGCAUUGUAUUUUUUAGUCUCAAAGGCAAGAAAUGUAUAUAGAUAGACAUAAUUCUGCGCUCCAGCACAGCUGGGAAAGUUAUACAGUGCCUUUCGACUAGAGAAAGUGGUAAUGAUUCAUGGGCCUGUUGGUAGAAAAGAAAAGGAAAACGUGUACACAUUUGCUGUAACAUUAUGUCUCAAUUCUCAUUCAGAUUGUCAUUUAAGUCUUUGCCAAAACUGGGGUUUAAUGAAUAUUUUUUCAGUCUAAAUAUAAAUUUCUGUUUGUAAUUUGUGAAAAGGUGUUCCAUAAAAAUAAACCCUUAUUUGCAAUAUUAUGUAAAUACAAAAUUAUGUGUUAAAACUUGCUUAUUCUCCUUUCCUAGCCAAGGUAUUGAUAUCCAUUUUAAAACAAAAUGGAAAAAUACCCAGUUCAGUGUUCUCCUUCCUUUUGGAGGUUCUGUACAAGUCAAAGCAUAUUGUGUGUCCUUUUAUUUGGCCUGUGUUUGUCUCGGUUACAUUUCUUUGUGUACUUUUCAGACAAAUACUGGUACUCUAGAUGUAUUAUCUUGUAUUUGCAAAUAUGCCAAUGAGAGAACUGAAAUGGUCAUAGUGUUUAUCAGAAACAGGAAGUGUACUUAAGAUUAUUUUAUUUAUUAAGAUCUAAAAGGCUUCUCUAUAAAUGCACUGAAAUAAAUGCUAGUAAUUUCUUGUACUCUCAUUUUUUUUUUUUUUUGCUUCUCAUGGAAAUGUUUGUACUUUUUUAUCAUUGUCUUUUAUGAAAUAUAAUGUUCUAAAGA